AUGCCUUCCUCUACCUCCCAAGUCCCAACCCGUCCGCUAGGCAAGGACGGGCCUCACGUUUCCCGUCUGGGACUCGGCCUCAUGAGUCUAAGCGGCGUGUACGGCGUCCCAGCCUCGGACACCGAACGCCUUGCUUUCCUCGACCAGGUUUUUGAGCGCGGUGAGAGAUUCUGGGACACGGCAGACGAGUACGGCGACAACGAAGAUUUGCUGGGCAAAUGGUUCGCGGCCAAUCCGGAGAAACGUGAACAGGUCUUUCUCGCAACCAAGUUCGCGGUCAAAACUGUCCGUCGCUUCCCGGACGUAAAAAGCUCAACCGGCUACGCCGUCGAUUCGAGUCCAGAGUACGCAAAAGUCGCCAUCGAAAGUUCGCUCCGCCGUCUCGGCUUGCCCUACGUGGACCUUCUUUACUGCCAUCGUCUGGACAAAGUCACUCCGAUCGAGAAGACGGUCGAGGCGAUGGUAGAGCUGAAGAAAGCAGGCAAGAUCAAAUAUCUGGGCUUGAGCGAGUGCAGUGCGGAAUCGCUUCGUCGAGCUCAUGCCGUGCACCCCAUUACCGCGGUGCAGGUGGAGUACAGCCCUUUCUGUCUCGACAUUGAGUUUCCGGAGCGGAAGCUCUUGCAGACGGCGAGAGAGCUGGGCGUGGCGGUUGUCUGCUACUGCCCUCUUGGGCACGGUUUCUUGAGUGGAUCGAUUCGAAGUCGGGAGGACGUAAGCAAACAAGGGGACUCGCGUGGUCACAUACCGUGGCUCAAGGAGGAGAAUAUCGAGCAGAACGUGGCGGUCGUCGAGAAGCUGGUGGACAUGGCCAACAAGAAAGGCGUUACUGCUGCGCAGAUGUCGUUGGCGUGGUUGUUGGCGCAGGGGGAAGACAUCUUUCCCAUCCCGGGCACCACCAAGAUUCAUCGAUUGGAGGAGAACCUGGGGAGUUUGUCCAUCUCGCUGUCCGCGGAGGAAGAGAAGCAGAUUCGUGAAGUGUCCAAGGAUGUGGUUGGUGGGCGCGUUCAAACCGCUCAUGGGUAUACGUUUGCAGAUACGCCGCCUCUGCCGGCGUAA